AUGGUAAUAUUGUAGUAACAAACCUCAAGCACAGAAAAAAUGUACAAUGACUUAACUAAUAUUGAUCAUUGACAUAUAAAAUAAACAUAUAAUUGUAUUUUCUACAUAUUUUUUUUUCGUGAACUUACGUCGACAAACAUUUUUAGUCAAAGCAAUAUGAAUAACAAAAUGAACUACCCGUCACCUGAAAUGACUCCCGAACAACUCCAAAAACUUUUGCCCUAUAAAAUCUCUGAAGAUUCGAUACAUUUUAACCUGCCAGAUAAUUUUGUUCCUGGAUCCAUAGCUUUCGCCAACUUUCCUGUUCGGCCCAAUAUGCGUAAACAGACAACUAAUAAACAAAAUAAAAGAGAGCAUCACUCCACCUGGACUCAAAGUGAAGCAAAAAGGAUUUAUGUUAAAAAGACGAUGAACUUAUAUCAUUGGACACAGCCCGGACUACCCACGGACUUCGUUCGAAAAAUUAUUUCAGAUAGCUGGGAUAAUAUGUCCGUAGAUGAAAAACAAGUAUACGAAAAACAGGCAAACGGAGAGUAUGGACCCUUGAUGGUUCACCCUCACUUGUCACUUAUGUAUCAGUGUGGACAGCUAGGAAAGUUUUCCAACCAAUCAAAACAAUCGUGAAGAAGUUUUAUAAUUUAAAGUUAUUAUAUCAAAUAUGCACGUAUUCAUUUAAUUAUAAUAUAAAAUAUUAAUAUUCUUCAAUUAUCCAACAUAAAAUAAUAUAUUUCUCAUUAAAAUAGGUAAAUAGACGCUGCCCGCUUAUUCAAGUACCUACCUAUAAAUGACCUAUUGGCUACCUUAUACAAUAUACAUGUAGCUAUUAGGUAUAUGAUUAUCAGAUGAUAUACAAUACAGCAAUAUUAAGUAACAUAUCUAAUACAUAGAAUUAUACCUACACAGAAUAUCAGAACAUCAUCAAUCAUCAUUGCUAUGAAAAUAUUCGUCUUGAAGACUUGAAGAUGAACACAUAUAAAAAAUAAAAAUAUAUUGAUUUAAUUUGUAUAGUUACAAAAAUCAGAGUUAUAUAAAAAUAUGUGUUAAAACAGGUAAGAUAAAAGUAAGCUUAUUUAGUCUUUUGACAAGAAUUUUUCACUUGUCUAAGAUAAUAAAUUAUAGGUAGGUACCACGAAUUAAGAUAUAUUAUUAUAUUAAGUUUAUUAAGUUACCUACCUACUCAAUAAAACAUGUAUUUACAUAUAAAAUCAAGUCCUAUUAUUAUAUUUCAAGUUUGAAAAUAUUAAUAAAAUCAAUACAAAAUUUCUAAUUAAAAUAAUUUAUUAAUUGCAAGACCGAUACAUUUCUCGUAUAUUAUAUUAUUAAUUGAACGUUGUAAUAUUGGUAACGCUUUAGUAUAUUGAAAAGUCAAAAUGUUGAUUCAAUGAUACAGUUAACAAUAUUCAUGAAUAAAAUAUAUAUUAUACAAAAAUUGUAAAGUGUGUACGAAUAUGUACGAUUUUUAACAGGUUUAAAUUUGCCGCUGCUUAGUAAAGUCCUAACAUUCAUACAACAUCCUUGAUUUUUGUAUAUUUUACAAUAAUCAAUCAAAUCGUUUGGAAUAAUAGCUGAUGCAUCCUGUAUGAUCGUUUGCAUUGACGCACUGUAUCUAUCGUUUUUAUUUCAUAAAAAUUUCAUAUCACCCACAUCUCGUUCACGAAAUCACGACUCGAGUCUUUGACAGCCAGCCGCUGCCCGCUACGGCUUACGAGCUGUUAUUUUAUCUAUUUCUCAAUAAACAUCUCGGAACUGUCGUGAUCGAGUCACGUCGUUUCGCUCGAAUCGUGUGUUUUCAAUUUACAGCAGGCAACGGGAAACCUCGCACGUCCCCGACAUGACGUACUGAGAUCAACGACACUUCCAUUAUAAUAUCAUAUGUACGUCAAGUAUUGAUUUGCGGUUUAAAUGCAGUGAUUGUUACACGGUCCGCGAAACAAUGAAAA